UCGCGCGGGAGCAGGAGGAGCCGAGCGUUGCCCGUGGGCAGCCGCCGGGUGCGGGAAGGACUCGCUUUCCCAUGAUCCCCCGCGCGCAGCCAUGGCGGACGGGAGACUACAUCUCCCGUGAGCCCCCGCGCGAUGGGCAGCAUGGAGCCAAGUGUGGCUGCGCUGGAGAGGCGGGUCCGCGGCUGCCUGUGCGACUUCGGCUUCGAGGUUUCUCCCCUCAAGGUUGGGUGGUACAAUGCUGUUCUUCAGCCGUCCUUUCACCUCCGAUACUCCGAGGACACACUGGCAUUCAUUGUCCUCAGCAUCCCCUCAAUGUUUGACAGAGCCUUUAAACCCUUUGUGGACAAACAGCUGCUGAAAAAACUCAAUGACCCAGUGGAUCAGUGUGUUUCUUAUCAUCUGUCACUUGUGAAGAAGAGUCUCCCUGACCAGAGGGUGGACAUCAUUUAUGAUUAUGAGAUCCUGCCAAACCGGAAGCCCAAGUUUCUGGCCCAGACAGUUGCCCAUGUGGCUGGAGCAGCAUAUUACUACCAGAGGAAGGAUGUGAGGUGUGAUCCCUGGGGAGAAAAGAAGAUCUAUGGUGUUUGUAUCCAUCCCCGGUACGGAGGCUGGUUUGCUAUCCGAGGUCUCCUCAUAUUCCCAGAUGUUCAGGUGCCAUUCCUGGAGCAGGUUGCCCCUGUUGAUUGUGUGGCCUCGGAGGAGAAGCGAAUAGAGCUGCUGGAGAAAUUCAAUUUCCACUGGCGGGACUGGAGCUAUAGGGACAUCAUUGAAGUGAAGGAACGGUACUCGGAGGAGCAGAAAGCCUACUUUGCAGCUUCUCCAGCAGAGAGAUUCAAAUGGCUAGAGCUGCAAGGAGUUGUCCAGAGAAGCGCGUACUGCUGAGUAACACGGUUCUGAGUGUGGGGCAGGGAAUGAACAGAGUGCUGCUCACAGACGCCUGCAUCCUCCAUAGCCGUUACGAAGGGGUAUGUGACGGUUCAGCGGUGGCAGAUCCCACAUGAAUCAGUACUGGGUUUACAAUGGCACCACGGUGCCGGGGCCCCAGCUUGGCACAGCCUGCUCCACUUUUGCUGUGCCUGGAGCAGCUGGCUUCUCUCUACCCCACCCCCAGCUCCCCUCUCUCCACCGCUCACUCCUCUUGGCCCACUGAGGGGUCCUCUCUGCCCCCGUCACAGCAGGCGACUGUCUUGGGAAGUUCGAGGCUCCCUCUCCCCCCCACCCAUGCAAGGAAAUGCCUCCUCCACCACAAGCACCAUCAGUGCCAGGUGGGUAGGGCUGGGUGGGGCCUCGGGGGACAGGGGCCGCUCUGUGCUCCUGAGCUUCAGUGGUCCCGCCCCCUUGCACUGUGCUGGGAGGGGAGGAUCCCUGCUCUGCACUGGCUCAGC